UGUGUUAAAUAAAUAAAAAGUUGCAGAGAGUGAGUGAUUGAAAACUAAACAGGACAGAGCAGUGCGUGCUCUAUAAAGCAGAAAUAGUCCUCGAGCUCCUCCUCCGCCUCUUCCUCCUCCUCCUAGUGACUUAUUACAGGAAGAAGACCAGCCAUAACAGCUGUUGAGUCUGCAGGAAGAGCACGCUGCUGAGCGACACACUACAGUGAUGUGGCUUGAAAAAGUGGGGAAACAGUUGGGCCAACCGACACAAUCGUUGGCGGGGUGGCUGAUCAGUAAGUUCCUCAAAGUGCACAACCGCAUUCUUGAGGAGAGUGCUGUGCAGCUGUGUGGGAUACAACCUGCGGACACCGUGCUGGAGCUGGGUCAUGGCCCGGGUCUGGGUCUGCAGUCAGCAGCCAAACUGCUCACAGAGCCCACGGGUCACCUGAUAGGGGUGGAUUACUCAGCAUACAUGCAUCAGAUGGCAAGUGAGCGAUUGAAGGACCUUGUGGCCAGUGGGAAAGUGACCCUACACCACUGUGAUGUAGCAGCGAUGCCUCUGGCAGACAGCAUUGUGGAUAGAGUCUUUCAUUGUAACUGCUACUACUUUUGGCCUGACCUCAAGAAUGGAGCCACAGAGAUACACCGCGUAAUGAAACCAGGAGGUGUGAUGGUGACCACGCUGAGGCUACCAUCUGUUGCUGCUAUCGCAGCAAAGGGAGUGAUUCCAGACGGGAACUGGCGCCCGGAGUCCUACAUGACAGCUCUGAGAGACUCUGGCUUCACUGAUGUCAGAAUGGAAGACAGACGGCACAAACACCUUACUGUUCAGGCUAUCUAUGCCACUGCCUCAAAAUGAGAUUGAAAUCCAACUGCAAGUGAGAGAUUGUGUGUCGUCUACCCGCUUUUGUGAUCAGCAGGUUUUGCAUGAUUACAUUUGUUUUUCAAGUUACUUUUUGAAUAAUAAACAAAGACAUGAUUAGAAAUUU